GGGUUGCGAGAUGCACCAGGGAAAGGCCAGGCGUCCCACAUAAAGAGCGGGGGACAGGGAACUGAGCGGCACACGGGGCAGACGCACACAGUAAAAGCUCAGCGGUAAGAGGACAAGUCGGCAGAAGAGAAGAAGAAUAACGGGAAAGAUAUGGUGCGAUCCUGUGAGCACGGGAUCCCUGUCUGUGUCUGUGUGGGCACCCUGCUCCUCUCAAUCUACUUCCACUCUCACACAGUCAGAGGAGCUGCCUUGAAGCAGGACGUACUGGACAAUGGUGCCACAGUGCUGAAUCACUCCAUGGGCUUAGUACACCGUAUGGAGUCCCUGCUCACCAUGGGGAACGGCAGUGAUGUCACUCUGCGUGUGCAGACCCUCAACACGGACGAGGUGAAGGUGAUCCAGGCCCACACAUUGAUUCUCGCCCUUCAGAGUGAUGUGUUUGAGGAACUGCUGCUCAAUCGCAACAACUCUGCCAUGGUUCUGAGGGAGACACCCGAAUGUGCAGCUGUCUUUGAUAAAUUUGUCAGGUAUCUGUACUGCGGUGACAUCUCACUGCGGUUAGAUCAGGCCAUUUCUCUGCAUAAACUCGCCAGCAAAUACCAUGUGUGGGCACUGCAGCAAGGUCUGACCCAAUAUAUGACCCAACAUUUGUCUAGUGAUUCCCCCACAGGCCAUGUGGUUGGUUGGUACAACUAUGCAUUGCAAAUUGGGGACACAGCUCUGCGGGACAGCUGCCUGCAGUACCUGUCCUGGAACCUGUCUUCUGUGCUGCAGAGUGGAGAAUGGUGCUCCAUCAGUGAAGACCUGCUCCUCUCCUUACUUCAGCGUUCUGACCUCAUUUUGCAGAGUGAGCUGGAACUCUACGAGGCCCUGGAGGCCUGGAUUAUUCAGAACCAGCCCAUUAGCGCUACAGUGGAAAGUGCCCUGAGAGCUGUUCGAUAUGGCAUGAUCCCCCCUCAGCACCUCUUCCGUCUUCAGAAGCAAGCCCCCCUCAUGGUGAAGUAUUAUGAGUCUAUUCGUGAUCUUCUCUAUCUAGCAUUCCAGUUCCAUUCUGCCUCACCCAUACAGCUAGCCAAGUACUUUGAUGUGAACUGCAGUAUAUUUAUCCCACGCAACUACCUGUCUUCCCUCUGGGGGUCUCCUUGGGUUAUCAAUAACCCCACCCGUGACGAUCGCAGCUUCAGCUUCCAGACCCAGCUAGGGCCAAGCGGCCAUGACUCCAGUAAGAGGGUUACAUGGAAUGCCCUGUUCUCCCCUCGUUGGCUCCCACUCAGUGCUAGGUCAACCUACACUGAGUUGGGUGCCAUGCAGCCAACCCGCAUAGAAGGAGGUCGACCUCGGAUCAUUGUCACACCAGCCACUUCCAGUCCAGACUUCGCCGGUGUGAGCUUCCAGAAGACGGUAAUUGUGAUGACAAGACAACAAGGCAAAGUUGUGGUUCGCCAUGUCUACAAUUUCCACCAAAGCACAGAGGAGGCUGGCGAUUUCCUGAUGGACGCCGACCUGCAGCGGCGUGCGUCAGAGUACCUCAUUGACAGCUCCCUCUAUCUUCACAUUGUCAUAAAACCCAUCUACCAUACCCUCCUCAUGGCCAGAAAAUGAAAACUGGAAUGGGGUGUGGUCUCACAAUCAAUUCAUUUACACCCACAAUCACAUGAAUAUACAGUACUGUGCAAAAGUCUGAGGCACCCCAGUGUUUCAG